GACAAUGGUUUAGCCCGGGUUUGAACUUGACCGUUAGCGGUGUUGCUGUGCGUGGAUUUUAAACUGUAGAAUGACACUUUGUUGCCUACGUGUUUAUGUGACGUUUUAGUCCGCAGCGAUUAAUUUUUUUUUUCAUCUUUUGACGUUUCAGUAAAUUCACCGAAACAAUAACGCCAGACAGUUGCUAAAAUGCCGAAUCAAGGAGACAAGGCGGGUGAUGUUUCCCCCGGUGACCUUCCCUGCCUGGAAAAACUCGACUCUCCUACAGGGAGCCCACCCACCGCCUCAUUAUCCAGUCUGAUGGCGCUGGAAAAUUGUGUUUCCAACCUGAGCCUCGCACACGAGAUAGUGGUGAACAGAGACUUCUGCUUCAAACCCAAGGGCCCUCCCACGGACAGCCUGGAGGGCAGAGUGACGGAGAUUGUUCACCGGGCGUUUUGGGACAGUCUUCGGGAGCAGCUGAACAGCGACCCUCCAAACUACAAUCACGCUGUCAUCCUGCUGCAGGAGGUCAAGACUAUGCUUCAGUCCCUGCUGCUGCCCGGUCACGUCAGACUCAGGUCUCAGCUGGACGAGGUCCUGGACAUGGGGCUGAUCCAGCAGGAGGUCGAUCACGGAGCUCUGGACCUCCACAGACUGGCGGGGUACAUCAUCAGCACCAUGGCGUCUUUGUGUGCGCCGGUGCGUGACCCAGAGGUCAGAGCGCUGAGAGACCUCAAGGACCCUGUGGAGCUCCUGAGGGAGAUCUUCCGUGUCUUGGGGCUGAUGAAGACCGACAUGGCUAACUUCACCAUCCAGACUCUGAGGCCCCACCUCCUGCAGCAGGCCGUGCAGUACGAGAGGGCCAAAUUCCAGCAGAUUCUGGACAAGCAGCCAGCUUCUCUGGAUAACACCACCGCCUGGCUCAAGGCGGCAGCCUCCGAGGAGGCGUCGGCCAUCGGAGCUCGGUCUGAUUCUCCCAGUCCUGACAGCCGAGGUCCCGUCAGCGCCACCGCUGUCCUCAACCGGGCCUACGUGCGUCUGCUACACUGGGACCCGCAGGACCAUAAAUAUCCCGAGACUGUGCUGAUGGACCGAGCCCGCCUGGACGCUCUGGGCCAGCGGCUCCAGAUGCUGGUCCUGGAGGCGUCGGUGCUGCUCCUGACCAACGCUCAGUGCGGGGGGGUCGUUUUCUUCCUGCAGGGGUUUGUAGGUAAACUCAGGCAGUCCGUCACUGCCCUGCUGGAGGGCAGUCACAGCAGGGACGCUGACCUGAAGGGGGCUCUGCUGGGGCUCGGGGAGACAGUGCUGCAGCAGGUGAACGAGGCUCUGAGCGGCCAGGGAGGUGCGGCGCUGCCUCAGGAGAGCCAGGAUCUGCUGAGGGGACAAAUAUCCGACCUGUGGAAACACAACGACCCUGUCCGCACGCUCGUAGGAGAAAGGGUACAGGGCUUCCUCCAGGCCAUGCUGCAGGGCGGCCCCACUAAAAGGAGUCCAGAUCUGCCCGGCCCCCUCAGGCUAGUGAGUGCUGAGCUCGCCGAACUGGGGAUGGCUUUUGGGCGAAUCGUCCACUUCAACAGAACGGUCUUUGGUCCCUUCUGCGCACCCAUCCUCAGGAAACUGCUGUUCCCACCGGGAGAGGCCGAGGCCGGGGAGGACUCACGCUAGGCUAUGGGCGACCCAGGUGACCUUCGGCGACCUUAACAUAAGCUGCCACGUGGCAUCGAACAGUGAGUGAGAAUGUCAAAGGGGAACCCAGUAAUGAGAUGUAAAAAUAUGAAACAAUUUGCCAAAAAGAAAAGCAGCUAAAUUAGAGCAAAGAGCAUCUUUCUGUUGGUGGACUGAUAUUUCUUCCUUUUUUGCUUUAUAGGAAACAUUUACCGUCUCCUGAAAAUGAAUUUUGUUUUUGUACCAUAUUUUAUUAGAUGUUGAGACAAAACAAAACAAAAAAUAUCAAAGCAUUAGGCAUGUACUGAAUUAUUAUUAUUAGAGUGCAUUUUAACAGCACCAGACAUUAGGAAAACAUCUUUGUUUGGGUUUCACUCUUUCGCUCUCAAGAUAAACACCCUCAGGAAAAAUAAGGUGCCAAAGAAAAUAUUCUAAUUGUUUGUAAAUAAUACUAAAAAUGUAAUAUGUAGCUGGUUUCUUAUCUUUAUAUUGACAGAUGUUUAUGUAUAAUUUACCAAAGACAGUGUGCACUUUUUUCUGAUCUCAGUUGACGGUUGGUUGGUUGGUUUUUUUGUUUGUUUUUUUUUUGUCCUUUUGAUCACAAUCCAAAAAUACACUCAAUGUUUCCCCCAUAGUAGUUGGUAUUAGUGAGGGGUGGGGUAUUAAACAGGUGCUUAUUUGUAAACAAAUCCCAAACUGAGCAAUUUUCCAUUUUUCCAGGCAGCCAUUCAAAACAGUGCAAAUUAACAUCUGAACAAAUGAAAAUACAGGCAUCAAAAUUCUGUAAGGAGUCACCGCUCACCUCGUUGAAUUUUAAUUAAUUUUUCUGGGGAAAAACAAUCACUGGAUACACUUACAGCUAAACACAAGCAAAUAAACUGAACGCUUACACAGAGUGCUACAAAUUACUCUCUUGAAAACCUAUAAUUUUGUUGUUUUUUUACUACAACAACUAAGAACGUGCAGACUGUUGUUUGGUAUUCAUUAUAUUUUCUUUCACUGGAACUAAGCGAGAGUCUGUAAUCCAUUUGCUGUGGGGGACAAAGAGCUUUCAGUUUUUUCUUUUCUUUUAAUCUUUUUUUUUUUUUUUUAAGUACACCCUUCACAUACCAAAUAUUUAUAUGGUUGGGGUAACUGUGCUGUAGCCAGCCACAAACAACAAUUAAAAAAAAAAGGCACUGUGCUCAUGAUGCAGGCACCCUGCAAGAUUUGAUGUAUUGUUCCUAGAGUUCCAGCAGCCCACUGGUUUCCAUUCAUUCCCAGUACAUUAUGAAAAUCAUUUAUCAGACUCUUGUGUAUGUUGUAUAAUCCCUCACAGUGAACGUGAGGUUUAAAUGAACUUCCGUCAGGGUUAGAUUAUUGUUGUGUGGUGAUGCAGUGUAAACACAGAUUGAUAUGAACAGUCUGCACUGCAUCGCGUCACAAAAAUGAUGUAACCCCGACAUGUUGGGCAGAUGGGAUGUUCACUGUGAUGAAUUAUGCAACAUAAGAAAAGUUUCCAGGGUCAAGAGUUAAGACUCCUCAGGCAAGUUUCAGGAGUCAGCCGUCAUGUUUUCAUAUGGUACGGAAAUGAAUACACACCGGCGGAUACCUGCAAUAGUAGCCAAAGUACAAAACAGUUUCUAAAGUGUUGUAGUGUAAUUUGAAGAAUGGUUAGUAUGAGGGAUUGGUACUAAUUUGUAUCAGUUAAACAGGCCAAAACACUUUCGCAGAGCUAAGCAUUUUCCGACAGAUCGAUGCCUGGCAAUCUUUUGAAAACCCAUAAGGUCUUUUUAACAACACUUUCUGCUGCUUUGAAGGCCUUUCCAGGAUCCUCAAGGACUCCGCUAACCAAUGAAUAAAAAUAAAUUGAUAAAUAAAAAAUGUGUCUGCUGCACCAUAAAAAAGAUUUUUAACCUGUUUCUCAUAUUUCUCGACUCAAUUACUGAUCCGGGUAACAAGAAAUAUCAUAUCUCCAUAUUUAGUAUGGCACAAAAAAACCCGUUAAUUAAAGUAACAUUAGUAUAAAUAAAUAUAACUGACGUAAAGCUUUCUUAAUUUCGUACAAAUCAAGCAAGGUGUUUGGUUUAGGAAAAUCGUAAUUUGGGAAAUGUGUUGAAAAUCUUUUUGGCAUCAUGUGACAAAGAUUACGUUUUUUUUUGUUUUUGUUUUUUUUUUUUAAAUCCAGAUGUUUAGAAGAGUUUGUUAGGAUACUGAAAAUACCAUCAACACCGCAUUAAAGAUGGCCAGGCACCUGACUUUAAAAAAAAAAAUCGGAUGCUUAGCUCUGUGACUUGAAUGUAACACAACACAUGAGAGGCACAAACUGGGGCUGAUCGUUUGUUUAAAUUAAAAGUUGCACCACCCACUGAUCUCUAUUGUAGGGGAAACACUGUUAGUAUAAUUGUACAAUAAUUGCCAUGUUGUUAUAAUCGUCUCUUUAAAUUUUGAACAGCUGGUGUAAUGUUUCUUUGUCUCUUAUCACUCAACCAUAAAACAAUCAGUGCUGACAACAGACUUGAGAGGGAUUCUUUUGUCAUUGUAUUUAAUUUCAUUAAUAUAAUAUUGCUUUGAAAUUUGAAACAGUAUCACAUUUUCAUUGACAAACCAUACUCUGUCCACAAACAUGGGCAAAGCAUU